AGGAUCCUUUCAAGCAGAUGAAGGAUCUCAACCAGCUCAAGAAUCAACUGGAAGAUAUCCAGAAACGUGUGGAGACCGAAUUUGCAGCAGGAAUUCCACAGGGGGGCUCUGUGCUGGCAUCUCCCUUUUUGAAGGGGUUCCUGGCUGGGUACGUGGUGGCCAAGCUCCGCUCCUCAGCUAUCAUAGGAGUGCUACUAGGAACAUUCACAGGCAUCUAUGCUGCUCAGAACUAUCAGGUGCCCAACAUUGAAAGCACUCUGAAAGACUAUAUGAGUUUGUUUAGAAAAGGACCAAAGUAAUGGGAAGAACCAGGUCUAGGCUUCAUCUUCUAACUGCCAAAGGUCAAGGACACAACCACCACUUCUGUAGAUGCUCCCUUUUCAGAGGCUCAAACCUCUAUUGUGUAUACAGCACAAAGAAAGUUUGGAUUUAACUGGGUGUUGACGUGUCCGUUGGGAGUCCAGUGUGAAAGCCUGGGUUUGUUUUGGGUUUUGUUUAAAGGGUAUAUAAUCUACAUUCAGUGCCCUGGGAACAUCUGCUAUUCUCUCUGCUGAUCACUGUGAAUCAGAUUAUAAAGUGUGUAAAAGGUGAUAAGGUUCUGUACUUUGAGUGUAAGGUUACAUUGCAGGGAUAUUUGACUGCUUGCCUUAGUAAAGUUGCCUCGUACAGUAGCCAUCUAAUUGAUUUUGAAUCAAGGUUGUUAACAGCAAGACAGUGGUGCUUUCAUGUUUUGUAAUCACAAACAACUUUUAUCAGCUUAGAAUAUGAACAUAUCUUGAGAAUAUUAUGUUAUGGUUUAAUAGAUCUAGCCUAAUUUAGGGGAUUUAAAAAAUAAUUGUGUUGCCCAUUUAGAGGGUGUUUGUACUUUUAUUCCCCGGGGGGGUUCAUAACAUGCAGUAUUGAGAAUGAUUGUGAUCCAUGCCGUGGGGUCCAAGUCCCCAUCCCGUCACAGGACGUGGUGGAGGAAGAGGGUCCAGUGGGGUGGACUCCUAGGACUGAUGGUCCUGAUCUAUGGCUCCCAUGCCCCCCUAAUAGCCCUCACCAAGGUGGGUGGGCGGGUUCCCUUUAGCUCCUCCUCCUGUGUGCUUCUGAUAGAGAUAACCAAGCUUUUGGUGUCCCUAGCCACUCUGCUCCUGACUAGGGACCUGUCUGCCCUGCGUGCCCCCCUGUCCCUGGCCCUCGUGGCCCCCUAUGCAGUCCCAGCUGCACUCUAUGCCUUCAACAACAACCUGGUGGUCUUCAUGCAGAUCUACAUGGACCCCAGCUCCUUCCAGGUCCUCAGCAACCUGAAGAUCGCCUCCACGGCCCUGCUCUACUCCUCCUGCCUGGGGAAGAGGCUGCGGUCCGCCCAGUGGCUGGCCCUGGGGAUCCUCAUGGGGGCCGGGGUGUGUCACAGCUACAGCAGUCUGGAUCUGGAGUAUCCAGGGCAAACUGAGGACCAGGCAAGUUCCAGGCUUCACAUCACAGCCUGGGGCCUUGUUCUAGUGCUGGUUUACUGCUUCAUCUCAGGGCUGGCGGCCGUCUACACAGAGCGGGUGCUGAAGAGCCAGCGACUACCCCUAAGCCUGCAGAACCUGUACCUGUACGUGUUCGGAUUGGCCAUCAACUUGGUCUCCUACCUCUUAAGCAUGGGGGGAGAACAGGGUUUCCUGGAGGGUUACUCAGGGGUGGUGUGGGCCAUUGUGGUUGGGCAGGCAGCAAACGGGCUGCUGAUGUCAGUAGUGCUGAAGCAUGGCAGCGGCAUCACCAGGCUGUUUGUCAUCUCUUGCUCUAUGCUGGUCAAUGCUCUGCUCUCCUGGGCCCUACUGGGCCUGCAGCUCACCCCCAUCUUCCUGUUACCCACCUCUAUGAUUGGCCUGGCAACCUAUCUGUACUACAGUUAGCAGAACUCUGCCUAAACCUACCUGUAUUGGGUACAGUGGACCCCUGCUAACUGACUCCCAAUCCACCACCCCACCACAAUCUCUGGCAACACUUUUUACCAUAUGAUGCGUUGACAUUGAUUGACAUUAAGGUUGGAAUGUUUUUUUGGUUGGAGUGUUCUUUUCCCUUUUGAAAUGCGUUUUUAUUUUAGUGAUUCAGAUCCAGUAUUUUUCAUCUCAUGUCCCAAAUGGUCCAUUUAGUUUGAGUUAUUUGAAGUUUCUAAUUUGAUUGUCGAUUAUGUAAUAGAAGCUGCACUUCAGCUGAGAGUUACAGAGCCCUUCGUCACACCGUCACUGUUUUAUCUGUUAUGCAUAAUGUAUCGCCUACUUUUCACUUGCCUUUGAUUUCCAGGUCAAUCAAAUUCCUCCAUAUUCAUUCAAGCCUUUUCUUCAAUAUGUCAUGGGUAGUUGGAUUUGAGUAAUACGUCUCCGUUAUUUCUACAUUGUCACCCAACACUUCUUAAGAGUGGUGCUAUGAUUGUCAGUAUGAUCAUUUUAUUAGCAUUUGUCAUUACCUCUACCAAUGUCAAGACGUAUAGUACAGAAAGUGUUUAUGCAAUACUAUAUAUUAAAGAUAAAUAUUUCAA